UUUUUUUUUUUUUUCUUUUUUCUUUUUUUUUUUUUUUUUUUUUGAGUAAAGAAGGAAGAUUUGCGCUGUUGUUUCUGAUUCAUGUUUGGGAUUCAGGAAAGCAUCCAGCGGAGUGGGAGCAGCAUGAAGGAAGAGCCCCUCGGCGCGGGGAUGAACGCGGUGCGGACGUGGAUGCAGGGAGCCGGCGUCCUGGACGCCAGCACAGCCGCUCAGAGUGGAGUGGGUCUGGCCCGGGCUCACUUCGAGAAGCAGCCUCCUUCCAACCUGAGGAAGUCCAACUUUUUCCACUUCGUUCUGGCUCUUUACGACCGGCAGGGGCAGCCCGUGGAGAUCGAGCGCACCGCCUUCGUAGGCUUCGUGGAGAAGGAGAAGGAAGCUAACAGCGAAAAGACCAACAACGGGAUCCACUAUCGCCUCCAGCUGCUCUACAGCAAUGGGAUCAGGACGGAGCAGGAUUUCUACGUCCGACUCAUCGACUCAAUGACCAAGCAGGCAAUAGUAUAUGAAGGGCAAGACAAGAACCCAGAAAUGUGCCGAGUUCUGCUCACACAUGAAAUAAUGUGCAGCCGCUGUUGUGACAAGAAAAGCUGUGGCAACAGAAAUGAGACUCCAUCAGAUCCAGUGAUAAUUGACAGGUUCUUCUUGAAAUUUUUCCUCAAAUGUAACCAAAAUUGCCUAAAAAAUGCAGGAAACCCUCGAGACAUGCGUCGAUUCCAGGUUGUGGUGUCUACAACAGUCAAUGUUGAUGGCCAUGUGUUGGCAGUGUCGGACAAUAUGUUUGUACACAACAAUUCCAAGCAUGGGCGGAGAGCUCGAAGACUCGAUCCCUCGGAAGGUACGCCUUCUUAUCUGGAACAUGCAGCUACACCAUGUAUCAAAGCCAUCAGUCCAAGUGAAGGAUGGACUACAGGAGGUGCCACUGUCAUCAUCAUAGGAGACAAUUUCUUUGAUGGGUUACAGGUCAUAUUCGGCACCAUGCUGGUUUGGAGUGAGCUGAUUACUCCUCAUGCCAUCCGUGUACAGACGCCUCCCCGACAUAUCCCUGGGGUUGUAGAAGUCACAUUGUCCUACAAGUCUAAGCAGUUUUGCAAGGGAACGCCUGGAAGAUUCAUUUACACAGCUCUGAAUGAACCCACCAUUGACUAUGGUUUCCAAAGGCUACAGAAGGUUAUCCCCCGGCACCCUGGUGACCCUGAACGCUUGCCAAAGGAAGUAAUACUUAAGAGGGCUGCUGAUUUAGUAGAAGCACUCUAUGGUAUGCCACAUAAUAACCAGGAAAUAAUCCUGAAAAGAGCAGCAGACAUUGCAGAAGCACUCUACAGUGUCCCACGCAAUCACAACCAGCUCCCUGCCCUUGCUAACACGUCUGUCCAUGCAGGAAUGAUGGGAGUGAAUUCCUUUAGUGGUCAACUAGCUGUCAAUGUUUCCGAAGCCUCACAAGCCACCAAUCAGGGUUUUACUCGCAACUCAAGCAGCGUGUCACCUCAUGGCUAUGUGCCAAGCACCACCCCUCAGCAGACAAACUAUAACUCUGUCACAACAAGCAUGAAUGGCUAUGGCAAUGCUGGAAUGUCAAAUUUAGGAGGUUCUCCAACCUUCCUGAAUGGAUCUGCUGCCAAUUCUCCCUAUGCCAUUGUGCCAUCAAGUCCAACAAUGGCCUCCUCCACUAGCCUACCCUCAAACUGUAGCAGUUCCUCUGGGAUUUUCUCCUUCUCACCAGCCAACAUGGUCUCAGCAGUGAAACAGAAGAGUGCUUUUGCACCUGUUGUGAGACCACAAACUUCUCCUCCUCCAACCUGCACCAGCACCAAUGGCAAUAGCCUGCAAGCUAUAUCUGGCAUGAUUGUUCCCCCCAUGUGAGAAUUGCCUUGAAGAAUUUUAUUAAUGAAGAGGUUGAAUUCUGCUUCAGAGAGAAUCUGAUUCAAGUCCCAGAGUGGAACUUUAUACUCAGGCCUUUUUAAAAAUAAAAAAGAAAUAAAGAAGAGUCUUACAAUAACUGCGGAUUUUUAAACAAAACAAAAAUCACCAUCCUUGCAAAUACUAAAAUUAACAAGCUACAAU